AUGCCUGGUCGGAUUAUUCAAGUUGAAAAGUUAGAACUCAGUCAGUUUCGGAAAAUUUACUGUAAAUGUCCAACAAAAUCAAAUGUCAAUUCUAAUAACAACAAAUACACCUCCCGUUCAGCCACCACAAUCUCGACAUUGUUCUAUUCACUAAUCAGUUUGGUAGUGAUCAGUGAUCUUAUUGCCACUUACCUGUGUUCAUCUGUUUUGGCAUCGUCUAAUUCAGGUGUCAACUUUAUUCAGAAUGAUUAUGAUCUUGAUAAAACAAAAUGUAUACAAUCACUUUUAGUCAAUCGACAUCAAAUUCCAGACUCAGCGUUCAAUGCUACCAGUGAAGUAGUAGAUCCGUCAGGAGCUAAACGUUAUAAUGCGCAUUCUAUUCGAAAUGAAAAUACAGAUUUUGCAUGGUGUCCAGGUAAACGUAUCAGUACAGACUGUGAUGAAUAUGUUGAAAUUGAUAUGGGUGAAUUAAAUAUUAUAACAAAAGUUGUUAUAAGUGGAUUACUCGCUGAAGGUGGAGGCAGUCGUUAUACACCAUACUUCUAUAUUCGAUAUAAACGAGAAAUUAAUGAAGAGAAUUGGAGAACCUAUCGACAACUUCGUCCAACUAUUAUUUCUCGACUUUUGGGCGGUUUAGACGCUUUAGUGCCAAAAUUUGUUGUACUUGACCCACCAUUGAUAGCUCGAUGGAUUCGUAUCUAUCCGUAUCGUGAUACACCAGGCUUUGUAUGCAUUAGACUUGAAGCAUACGGUUGUCGUUUCUCAGAUGACCUGGUUGAAUAUCGAAUCCCCGAAGGGAGUCUUGCACAUCCUCCUUAUCAAGCUGAAACUAGUUUAUAUAAAUCUCAAGGAUCAGAAGUGUUUACAAAUGAGAACUUAAAUUCUAGUCAAGCUGGUGGUGGUCUUCCAUUUUCAGAUACUUGUUAUGAUGGUCAUAGAAUUGAACCAGGAAGUCUUUUAGAUGGAGGACUUGGUUGUCUUAUUGAUUUAAACAGUGCUAAUCGUGAUACAAUUCCAUCUAUACAACAAACUGUUGGUGUUAGUUCAAAAGCAGAUAGUUCAAUGAAUUAUCAAUUUGUUGGUUGGCAUCGUGAUCGUUGGAAAAGUUCACAGGAUAAAAAUAAUGAUGUUGUUGAUAUGCUUUUUCGUUUUGCUUCUGUACGUAAUUUUACACGACUUCGACUUUAUAUAUCUAAUAAUUAUUUAGAAAAGAUUCGUUUACCCAGGCGACUAGAAGUUAAAUUUAGUGUAGGUGGUGUACAUUUCUCUGGUCAAUUGCCUAUUUCACGUGAAUUCAAAUUAGAGAAUCGAAGUCUAGGUGUUUUUAGUAUUAUUUUGGAUUUAUCUCAUAGAAUUGGUCAAGUUGUACAAUUGAAAGCCUUUUUCGCUGACGAUUGGUUGUUGUUUAGUGAAAUACGCUUUGAAAGUGAAAAGGUUACAACACCGAUAAAAAUUGAUGAGUUGGCUAUGUUAUCUUCAAAAUCCUUCAAUCAUCAAUCUAUUAAUGAAGAAGAGGACUCGACGAAUACAAAACGUGAAUCUGAUGCAAAUAAAGUGCCAUCGUCAAAUGAUACCUCUGUACUUGAUGAUUCAUCAACUCGUUUGUCAACUGUAGUUAUAUUAGUACUAGUUCUAUUAUGUUGUUUCCUUGGUUUAUUAGCUGGUGUUGCUUGCUUCUCUGUGACAUGGAUGCAUCGUAAAAGACAUGAUUUAGAAAGAGAAAAACAUCAAGUUCAUAAAACAUUGUUAAUUCGUGGUGAAGAUGCUUUAAAUGUAUGUACAACAACUGGUUUAUGUGGUAACGGUAAUGUCAAUCUUAUCGGUGGUGGUGGUGGUGGUGAUGCUGGUUAUGCAACAGUUAGACCAAAUAUGUAUCCAUUUCUAUUAUCUGCAGCUAAACCUGAGAUGGGAGUUUCAACUGUUCUACCAAAUGGGGGAUUACAAUCUUAUCAUCAAAUUGUCCUAUCAUCAAAUACCAGUACAGAAUCUCCCAAUAGUGUUUCAAAUGAAAAAAAUUCAAGUCAACAACAAUCACAGCUACGUCAGACGUCACAGUCAAAUGUUGGUAUGGUUAUCGGUCAACAGUCUAAUACAAUAGUUAAUCGUUUAUCUGGUGGCACAAUUGGUCCAAGUGAUGGUGUUACAUCAGAAACUGAAGCAUUCUGUGAUAAUAACAAUAAUAAACACAAUGAUGAUAAUGAUGAAACUCAUCCACAUAAUCGUUAUAGUUUAUCAUUAUUUAACAAUCAUCAGUACCAUCAUCAUCACCAGAUCCGGAAGCAACAUUCAUCUGUUUUAUCCUCGUUAUUAUGUAUAUCAAAAAUGAAGAAACAUCGUCGUAAACAAUGUUCAGUAAAAAUAAAUCAUAACAACAGAACUAUUUCGCAACUUGAUCAUACUAAUAAUAUACAUGGGAAUAUUAAUUCUAAAGAAAUCGACCAUAUUACUGCUACUACCACUAAUAAUAAUAAUAUUAGUAAUAAUAAUACAGAAUUUUUAAAUACUGUAAAUAAUUUCUCAAGAGUCAAUCAAUUAGUUAGCAGUCAAUCUGGUCAUAAUUUAGGAUUAUGUUCAACUGAUUUAUUAAAUGCUCAUUUACGAGGACAGACUUCUGUACAAGCGGCAAAUGGAUUACUCCAAAUUGAUUUGUCUCGAGGUCAUCCAUCAAUGCUAAUCAAUGGUCGACCAUUAAUGCGAAUUCCAGCUUCAUCUAAUCCAUCCGAUGUAACUGAUAAUUCUUGGCUUUUACAAACCGGUUAUCGUAAUAAUAAUGCAGUUUGUUGUACUUCUUCAAUUGGUAUGAAUUUAUUAAAUUCAGAACCUGGUGUUUAUACAACAGUUGGUGGAGCUGAAUCAGAUGUAGAUAGUAAUGGAGCAAGUACAAUGAGUCCAGAGUAUGCAUCCACAAGUAUGUUACAUGAUUAUCCCAUGUUAGCUGCUACAUUGGCUCAAUUAAAUCAACAACGACUGGCUGCUAAUCUAACACCAUCUAUGAAUAUUCAACCUAAUUUAUAUCCUUGUGCUAAUCCACUUAACACUGACUUAUCAUCAAAUUGUUCUGUUAAUUUCAAUAUUUUAUCAAAUCCUCCAUUGAAUUCCCCAUUUAGCAACAAUAAUAUAAUUAAUAAUCCCAGUACCUACGGUAAUAUUAGUUGUCAUAAGAAUAACUUUCUCACAUCAAUAAAUACAAUUCAACAACCAUUAUUAUUCACGAAUCCUCAUUCAAUACAUGAUAUGAUGAUGAUGACGACGAAGACCACAACAACAGCGGCGAUAACAACAUCAUCAGUUACAAGACUAUUAAAUGGUAUACAAAGUUCACAGAUUGGUAAUAAUGGUAGUAACAAUCAUCAUUACGGUGUUGAAAGUGAUAUUGUGCAAAAUGUAUUUCAACAGAAUAAUUAUCAGUCACAAAAUCAACAGAUGUAUGAUGCUUAUAAUUUACCAACUCCUUCAGCACCAAUUUAUUAUCCUAUCGCACAUCAGAUUAUCUCAUCUACUAUGGGACAAUAUUUCCCAUGUAUUAUUACUUCAACACAAACUACAGGAUUAUCAUCUAUAUCAGCAUCAUCAUCGGGAAUAGCACCUCACACAGUGUUAUCACCAUCAUCGUCUGCAAAGAGUAAUAACUCUAUAAAUAAUACUGCUACUACUACCACUUAUAAUAAUAAUAAUAAUCCCACAUUACUUGGAAGAGGCGGUCAUAUCAACAAUGAAUACAAAUCUCCGAAACGGAAUGACAUUGUAAACAUUGAACAAUCACAUAAACGAUCAGAUGUGAAUAAAUUAGAUUUCAAUGUUAAAUCUGGAUCGACAACAAAUACUUGUCUAUCAAAAUCUAAUUAUCGAGUUUCUAAUCAUAAUCCAUGGAUUAAAGCAUCGAAUUCAAAUCGUUAUGAUGAAUUGGAUCAAGCACAAAGAAGACAACAUGAUGAAAAUUUACUACCACCAACACCUUCUAGCCCUCCUCCACCUUUGCCACAGUCAAUGACAACACCAAAGCAUCAUUAA